CCAUUUUGAGCAUACCAACUGCGUGCAGUUUGCAAGAUGUCAGAUAGAGACAGCUUCGCCUCUCGCAACCUUUCUAACGAACCCUAAAAGAAAAUGGAGAACUGUCAAACUGCAGAAUGAAGGGUUAGAUGUAAGCUAGGGCCUCGCGCAGGACUGCGGACGAGCCCGUCAACAUGCCGGGAACGAGUGCCAAAAACAAGUUUCUGACUGGCACUGGCGAUCGCACUGUCGAUGGCUGGGUGUCGCAAGCGCAAGGGGCGGCCUUUGGCCAGCCCUUCAAGUUUGGCGCAGACUUCACGUUCACGCGGAAGGCGCCAACCUACUUGACAGACAUGCAGCUCCACACCCUGGCGUAUCUGGAUCCAGCCGCCGCCAGCCGGCAGCGCUCCAUGCGCGACCCGCGAGCGGCGCCCACCGUUGCUACAACCGUGGUCCGCCACGGCGGCGGCUCCUCCCUGGAUGGCAGCGCCGCCACGGGCGUGGGAGGCAGCACCCGCGCAGCUGCAGCUGCACCGGCGGCAGCAGCUGGACGCCAGCAGCAGCAGCAGCAGCAGCUGCAGGCGGAAGGGGCACCCCACCUAGUGGUGGCACGCCACCCCAGCGGCUACUACAGCCACGGCAACACCCAAAACCUGCCGCCAGGCGGCGGCAUGGGGGGCGGGACGGGGAGAGGCAGCGAAACGCUCACCCUAGCCGCGGGGGCGAUGACCGGCAUGGCGCCGCCGCCGCCGCCACCGCGCGGCGCCACCGUCAGCCGCGCCCCGGUGGUGCUGCCGCACGGCGGCCGCGUCACCAAGGCCACAGGGCUGGUGCUGCGGGAGUGGGGCUCGCUGUACCCGCAGGCCUGGGCGGACACGACGGCACCGCCGCCGCCGCUUCUGGAGGGCAUGGUGGUGGUGGAGCGGCAGGACCCGGCAGACAAGCGGCGAGCAAGUGCGAGUACGCGGCCGCGGCGCCCCGAGGGCCACGUCAAGGGCUGCCGCUGCCACGAGUGCCUGGCGGUCACCGCCGCACUGGCGGCCAUGGCCGCAUCCAGCCGCCGCUCCGGCUCCGGCUCCCGCGGCAACGGCGCCGGCGGCAACGGCAGCGGCAGCAUCUUCCUGGAUGAGGAGGGGGUUGAGGAGGACGACACGCCGGGCCCGGGGCAGUACGAGGUGACAAAGGUUGGCGGUGUGGGGAGGAGCGGCCCCGCCUUCACCAUGCGAGGCCGCACCGCGCCGUCAGGCGCCGCGCUGGCGGAUGCGGAGGCCGCCAAGAUGCCGGGCCCUGGCGCCUACGACGUGCCCCGGCCGGUGGCGGAGGGCCCGGCCUUCACGCUCAAGGGGCGGCCCAAGGGCCCCAGCACCCUGCCCGACGACCUGCCCGGGCCGGGCGAGUACUACGUGGAGACACAGACGCGCGACGGGCCAGCGUUCACGCUGGCUGGCAAGCCGAAGCGCAAGCUGGAGACGGACGCCCCCGGCCCCGGCGCCUACGUGGUGUCAGAGCCCGUCCACACAGGCCCUGCGCACACCAUUGCCGGCCGCCCCAAGCCCCGGGCGCCGGAGCAGCUGCCUGGGCCCCAGGACUACCAGCAGGUGCUGUCGCCGGGGCGGGAGGGGCCCGCCUUCACCAUUGGCGGCAGGCUGGACCAAAAGGCGACCACCGAUGCACCCGCUCCCGGAGACUACGACCUGCCAAACGCCUGGAGGACGGGCCCCGCGGUCACAUUCGCCGGCAAGCCCGCUCCGCGCGCCGACCCCGAGCCGGUGCCUGGUCCGGGCCAGUACUACGUGCCGCCGCGCCCCGGCCAGGACCUGCCGGCCUUCAGCUUCGGAGUCAAGCCGGCCGAGCAGCAGCCCGACGACCUGCCCGGACCGGGAGCGUACUACAAGCCGCUGGGCUCGCCCGGUCCCGCCUUCACGCUGGCAGGCCGCCCCGCCGAGCCGCAGCCCGACCCGGUGCCGGGCCCCGGCGCCUACGACCCCGAGCACCCCGCGUCGCCCGGCCGCGAGGGCCCCGCCUACACCUUUGGCGCCAGGCCGCCCGAGCACUCGCCGCCCGCCAGCCCCGGCCCCGGCACGUACCGGCCCGAGGGCGCGGCCUCACCCACCGGCCCCGCCUACACCAUGGCUACGCGCCCGCUCGACCGCGAGGCGCCCGACUCGCCCGGCCCCGGCGCGUACGAGCCCCAGGACCCCACGCUGGCGCCCGGGCCGGCCUUCACCAUGGGCACUCGGCCUGUGGAGCGGGACCCGCGCCAGGACCUGCCCGCGCCCGGCGACUACCAGCCCGAGGGGGCGCCGGGGUCGCCCUCCGGGCCCGCAUACACCAUGCGCGGCAGGCCGCUGGAGGAGCGGGCGCCCGACUCGCCUGGCCCUGGGCAGUACGCCUCGCCGGCGCCACCGCGUGGCCCGGCCUUCACAAUGGCCGGCCGCCCCGCGCCGCCCGACCCCGAGUCCCCGACCGCCCACAGCCCCGGGCCCGGGGAGUACGACGUCGCCUCGCCGGCGCCGGCAGGCCCCGCCUUCACGCUCGGCGGCAGGCCGCAGGAGCGCGAGGCGCCCGCAUCGCCCGGGCCUGGCGAGUACAGCCGGCCGGCCAGCCCCAGUGGGCCCGCCUACAGCAUGCGUGGCAAGCCCGUGGAGCCCGCCCCGGACCUGCCCUUCGUCGGGCCGGGCGCCUACGACCCCGAGAGGCCGCUGCCGGACGCGCCCGCCUACACCCUGCGUGGCCGCCCGCGCGACCCCGAGCGCCCGCCCUCGCCUGGCCCCGGCGAGUACGAGCGCACCGACGACGACCGCGGCCCCGCCUGGACCAUGGGCGCGCGGCCGCCCGACCCCCGGGAGGCGGACGACGGCCGGCCCGCACCCGGCGAGUACGACCUGCCCGCGUCUCCCACCGGCCCGGCCUACACCAUGCGGCCGCGGCCGCCGGAGCCGCGCAACGAGGCUAACCCCGGCCCGGGCGAGUACGCCUCGCCGGCGCCGCCCUCGGGCCCGGCCUACACCAUGCGGCCUCGGCCGCCCUCGCCGGAGCGGCCGCCGUCGCCUGGCCCCGCCGACUACCAGCGCCCGGCCGGCCCCACCGGCCCCGCCUACACCAUCAAGGGCAGGCACGAGGAGUGCAAGGUGUACGACAUUGUGGAUGACCCUGACAUACCCGGGCCCGGCUUCUACGGCAACCCCGACCCCGACCCCAUGGGCCGCUCCGGCCCCGCCUACACCAUGCGCCCGCGCUACCAGCAGCGCCCGCCCGCCGACCUGCCCGGGCCCGGUGACUACGUGGCGCCCAGCGGGCCCGCCGGCCCCGCCUUCACCAUCGCGCCGCGCUACCCCGCCUCACCCAGCGGCGGCAAGGAGGACAAGCCGGGGCCAGGUGCCUACGCGCCGCCUGUGCGGCCGGAUGGACCCGCCUACACCAUCGCGCCAAGGGUGGCGGACCCGGCGCCCGACCCAACGCCGGCGCCUGGGGAGUACGGAAGCCCUGGCGGGGGCCCUUCCGGCCCGGCCUGGUCUCUGGGCCAGCGCCUGACCGACCCCGACCCCGACACCGCCGGACUGGGGCCCGGCGAGUACUACAGUCCCGGCUCGCCCAGUGGGCCCGCCUACACCAUGGGGGCCAAGUUCAAGAGCAGGCGUCGGAAGAAGCGCACUGGGCCGGACCCCGGGCAGUACUUCAAGAUGCCGCCGCCGUCUGGCCCGGCCUGGACGCUGGGGCCGCGCUCUGCAGGACCCUCGCCGGACCGGCCGGACGUCGGGCCAGGCGACUACGACGACAACCGGGACUUGCACUCCGGCCCGGCCUGGACGCUGCGCCCGCGGCACGCCUCGCCAACGCCCGACCCCGUGCCCGGCCCCGGCAACUACAACGACAACAAGCCGUUCCCCAACCCGCUUGGCACGGUCAUUUCUCGGCCCCGCGCCGUCGGCGAGCGCGACGGCGUGUAUCUGACCGACUUUGGCGACCCGCACGCGCCCACCAUGUCGCCCAUUGUGUCGCCCGGGCGGCCGGGGCGCAAGGUCACCUUCACAGCCGACACCAUGUUCAGGGACUCCAUGGACAUGACGUACGGCGGCCGCGUGCGCCCAGAGGAACCCACCGUGUCGGGCCGCGGCGGCGCCAUGGUGCCGCCGCCACGUGGCGCGCCGCCGGUGCCCGUCCUGCCGCCACCGCCACCCCGCGAGUCAGGCGUCUCCGCCGGGACCUCAUACCCCCACUACCCUCCCCGGCAAGCGGCGCACGCCGGCGAGCUGGGCGACGUUGACGCGGCGGGGCAGAGGGUGCGCGGCGGCCGCGCGGUGUCUCGUGAGCGCCCGCAGCGAGGCGCAGCGGCCCGGCCCAGCGCCACAGCCACGGACGCGCGCGAGGCAGCGGUGGAGCGGGCUAUGGCGCUGCUGCGUCAGGACGCCCUGCAGCAGCGCUACCUGCUGCACGCCGGAGGGCCGCCGGAGGGCGGCCAGUGGGAGUCAAUGAUCCUCGCAAGGGGCGCGCCGGCCGCUGCUUUCACGCAGCAGGAAGGGCUCGCGGUGGGCAACGUGAGCCCUGGCCGGCACCGGCCUGCAGCAGUGGCGGGGCAGCAGCGGGCGCCGUCCGCGGGGCGGCAGCGCUCCAACAAAGGCGUCCAGCAACAGCUGCAGCAGCAUCGCCCUGCAGGACAGGGUGUCUCGGACACCUCUGGCGGCUUUCCUUUCCAGCGGCCGGUCACGCACGCUCAACAGCAGCUGUACGUGGCCGGCCUGCAGGCGCACCGCGCGGCGGGGCCGGCAGUGGAAGCGCACAUCCCGGAGCCGCCCGCGCCGCCGCCCAUCCCGGCCACCGCCGCGGAGAGAGAGGCGGCAGCGGCGGCGCAGCGGGUCGCAGGGCGGGCGGCGCUGCAGCUGGCGGCGGUGGAGGGGCGCAGGGCCGAGGGUCUGGGCGGGCCGCCGGCGAUGACGCAAGGGCCACUUGGCGUGCCGGUGGCUCGGGCGCGGCGGCGGCUGGAGAUGGGCGGCCCCGGCGGUCCCUCCGUUGUGGGGCUGUCGCCGCGCGAGGCCGCGCUUGCUCGUGCGGCGGCGUACAUGGGUCGGCGCGCGGGCGGCGGCGGCGGGCUGGUGGUGGGCGGCACGGAGCUGGUGGCGGGGGCGGGCGCCUACGACGCAGCGGCGGCGGCAGGACGCGAGGCGGCGGCGGCGGCAGCGGUGGUGCGGCCCUCAGUGGCGGUACAGGCGGCGCCGGAGCAGGCGCCGCGCAACCCCAAGGUCAUGACAGCACCGGCGGGGCGGCUGAUGAUGGGUGCUGCUGGCGGCGGCGGCGGCAGUCGCCCUGGCACCAGCACAUCGGGGGCGCCCAGCACCACCACGGCGACGUCGCUGAGCUCCAGGAGCACCAGCACCACCAACAGGCCGAGGGGCGGGGCAGCGGCGGUGCGCCCGCCUGGCAGGACGGGUCGGUAGCUGUCGCAGGAGGAGGCUUGUUGGGACUAGAUAC